GUGGGAGGUGGUGAGGUGGCGCGGUGAGAGCUCAGCUCCUGGGGUGGGGGUGGGGGGGAGAGAGAGGGAGAGUCCGGGCUGCGGGGGGAGCGGAGGGACAGGAGGAGCGCGUCGCGGAUGUGGGAGGUUAUCAUUCAGCUCCUUUCCACUCCAUCCGCUUCCUUCCUUCCACCUCCUCCCCUUGGAUGUUCCCGAUAUCCUCGGAUAAUUUUAUGGAUCCCAGAUGAACUAACCCUUAAUGGUACAUGCAGUUGCAGUGAUUAAGCAUUGCCAUGGAUACCUGGUUUCUGCUUUUACUAGUAAGCAGUUGUUUGAUAUGUCUCACAGCAAACAAAGCAACAGUUUUUGCCACCGUCCCCUCCAACACAAGUAAACAAGGAGAAAACUCCACAAUCCAGACAACUACCAGCCCAGGACUGCCCUUGAAUGUAACUGAAGAGGAUUCACAAAUGUCGAAUACAACCAAUGCAGUCAAUGGGACUUCGACUACAGCUGUAACUACAGGAACAACACUAGCUCAUCAAGAAGUGAUUAUUUCUAAUACAACAGUCAAGCCAUUUACAACAGCACAAGGCAAAGCAAAUGACUCCUCAGCUGAGACGACUAUCCUCACAACAGAUGGCAAAACUGCAGGCACAGGCGGAUCUGACCCAGGGGGAGGAAAAGAUGAGAUGCCAAUUAUAGCAGUAAUGGUGGCCCUCUCGUCACUGUUGGUCAUUGUAUUUAUUAUUAUAGUACUGUAUAUGCUGAGGUUUAAAAAAUACAAGCAGGCUGGAAGUCAUUCGAAUUCCUUCAGAUUAUCCAAUGGAAGAACAGAUGAUACAGAGCUCCAGAGCAUGCCUUUGCUCGCGAGGUCUCCAAGCACUAACAGAAAGUACCCCCCUCUGUCUAUUGAGAAACUGGAAGAAGAAGCCAAUCGAAGAAUGGCAGAUGACAACAAGCUCUUCAGAGAAGAAUUUAAUGCUCUCCCCACAUGUCCAAUCCAAGCCUCUUGUGAAGCUGCGUCAAAAGAAGAAAACAAAGAGAAGAACCGAUAUGUUAACAUCCUGCCUUAUGACCAUUCUCGGGUUCACCUGACACCUGUGGAAGGUGUUCCAGACUCCGACUUUAUCAAUGCAUCUUACAUAAACGGUUAUCAAGACAAAAACAAGUUCAUAGCAGCUCAAGGGCCCAAGGAAGAAACUGUGAAUGACUUCUGGAGGAUGAUAUGGGAGCAAAACACAGCAACCAUUGUCAUGGUUACAAAUCUUAAAGAAAGGAAAGAGUGCAAAUGUGCCCAGUACUGGCCAGACCAAGGCUGCUGGACAUAUGGAAACAUCCGAGUGUCUGUGGAAGACAUGAUGGUGUUGGUAGAUUAUACCAUCCGCAAGUUCUGUAUUCAACAAGUGGGAGAUGUAACCAAUAAGAAACCUCAGCGCCUGGUUACUCAGUUCCACUUUACCAGCUGGCCUGACUUUGGCGUUCCAUUCACCCCCAUUGGUAUGCUGAAAUUUCUGAAGAAGGUGAAAACUUGUAACCCAUCAUUCGCUGGGGCCAUAGUCGUACAUUGCAGUGCUGGUGUGGGUCGAACAGGCACUUUCAUUGUUAUUGAUGCCAUGCUGGACAUGAUGCAUGCAGAAAGGAAAGUGGAUGUUUUUGGAUUUGUUUCCCGAAUCCGAGCUCAGCGAUGUCAGAUGGUUCAGACAGAUAUGCAGUACGUGUUUAUAUACCAAGCGUUGUUGGAGCAUUAUUUAUAUGGAGACACAGAGUUGGAAGUAACCUCGCUGGAAUGUCACUUGCAGAAACUUUACAACAAAGUAUCUGGGUCGGGGGGCAAUGGUCUGGAUGAAGAGUUCAAGAAAUUGACCUCCAUCAAAAUUCAAAACGAUAAGAUGAGGACAGGCAAUUUGCCAGCCAACAUGAAAAAAAACAGAGUUCUUCAGAUCAUUCCUUAUGAGUUUAAUAGAGUGAUCAUCCCUGUGAAAAGAGGUGAAGAGAACACAGAUUAUGUGAAUGCAUCCUUUAUUGAUGGAUAUCGACAGAAGGACUCUUACAUAGCCAGCCAAGGGCCUCUUCAGCACACAAUAGAAGAUUUCUGGAGAAUGAUAUGGGAAUGGAAAUCAUGCUCUAUUGUCAUGUUAACAGAGUUGGAAGAAAGAGGGCAGGAGAAGUGUGCCCAGUACUGGCCUUCUGAAGGAUCUGUUUCCCACGGUGAUAUUUCUAUUGAAAUCAAAAAGGAAGAGGAGAGUGAAAGUUAUACUGUCCGUGAUCUGUUUGUAACAAACACAAGGGAGAACAAGACUCGACAAAUCAGGCAGUUCCACUUUCAUGGCUGGCCUGAAGUGGGCAUUCCUGCUGAUGGGAAAGGCAUGAUUAACCUGAUCGCAGCUGUGCAGAAACAACAGCAACAGUCGGGGAACCACCCCAUAACAGUGCACUGCAGUGCUGGAGCUGGGAGGACAGGAACGUUCUGUGCUCUGAGCACUGUGCUGGAAAGAGUAAAAGCUGAGGGCAUCCUGGACGUAUUUCAAACAGUAAAAAGUCUCCGACUACAGAGGCCACAUAUGGUGCAGACACUGGAACAGUAUGAAUUCUGCUACAAGGUGGUGCAAGAAUACAUUGAUGCGUUUUCGGAUUACGCUAACUUCAAGUGAAAACAAGAGCUGCCUUCGCAAUAUUUUGUAAUAUUCUAUUUGUUAAUAUACCUAAACCUGUGUACAUAUCUUAUUGGUUUUAGAGGUUGGUACCAUCGGCUUCUUAUUGUUUAGAAAUUUUAUAUGUAGCAAGAUUGUUAGCAUAUUAGUCUGAUUUCAGCCGUUUUAUUGAAUGUGUUGCCUGAUGUUUCAAUUGUUGUUAAUUCAGUUUGUUAGCUGCUUGGAGAGGUAUUUGUGACAUUCAGGGGGUAGAGCAUGGAAGAACUGUAUGAUCGUAUAAUAGCUGGCAUUAAUCAGUUGAUGCCCUUGAAUCCAGUUCCUCAUUGCCAAUGUUUGUUUAUUUCACCUUUGAUUGAGAGAGAUAAAAAAAUACCCUUGUCAUUAAUUGAACAGUGCCAUUAAACAUGAUACAUUUUAUGUG